UCUUGUAUCAAACGAAUACUUGACGCUCUGCGCUCUGGAUGCGCACAGCAAGUAUGUCUUCGGUAGGAGCAGGAGGCGUCUUUGCGUUUCUUUUCAUUCUCGCUGUCCGCCUUCAUGCUGCGGACUGCAUGAAGGUGAUCGUAGGGGACCGGUUUGAAUUUCCUGUGAACUGCGAGCCGGGUGAGUCCGGGACGCUGCUGCGGGACUUGGGGGAUGAAGGCACCCGGCAAGUCGCUACAUACCAGAGCGGUCAGUGGACAGUGAGCAGAGAGUACAGAGAUCGGAUGAAGACCAACUUAUCAAAGACUGUUCUCACUCGCGCGCUGUACAACGAUGAGGGGAUCUACGAGCUGACCUGCUCCAAGUCUGGCAUACAGCGCGUGCAGCUGGAGGUAGUUUUUGCUAGUGAAAGGUCCGUUACCCAGGGUAACAACGUGACGCUCCCGUGUUACGUUAAAACCACCGGGAACACAGGCUUAACUGGGCGAUGGGAGAAAAACGGGAAACCUCUGUGUGUGAAGAACUUCGACUCUGAUGGCUGCAGCGGGACCCCUGCUGACAGACUGACUGUGUCCACUGACUGGUUCACCAAUGGAGAUCUGUCACUGACCAUUGAAGGGACGCAGCCUGAGGAUAGCGGGGAUUAUUUCUGCUACACCCAAGAUCGACGUGGGAAACAAUCUGGAAAUCCUGCUGCUGUUAGACUGACUGUCACUGAGAAAAAGUCUCAUCAGAUGAUCACCAGCAGCACAGCAGCACCGGGAAAUGAAACUCAGAGUUGUGCCGAACACGCUCAGCCUUGGCAGAUCUCCACCUGGGUUCUCGCUGUGAUCCUGCUGCUUGUUGCUCUUUUUGCUCUUUGUUUGUGGCGCCGUGGCAAAAGAAACUGUGAUUCUGGGAAACUUUACGAGCUGCUACAGAGACGCUGCCAUGAUUCCAACCCUACUGAAGCUACAGGGGUUUAAAUAGACCGGCUUAUUUAUUUAUUAGGGGGUUUUUUUUGUCAUCGAAGCUCAUGAAUCCGGUUCAUUUUUUGUAAGCAUUUGUAAAUAAAACUAUAAACCAUGUA